AUGGAGAAAUCUUAUUAUAACGAGCUUAUGGAGUUGAAUAAAGAUUAUAUUAAUACAUUCGAAGCAUUGUACAGACUAAAUACAAGCGAUAAUGGAAAAAUUGAAGAACUUUUCCAACGUAUUAAAAUUCAUUUAAUUGAAACAAAAUUAUUUACCCCAACCGAGAUCAUAAAAUCGAUUAAAUAUGCAGCACAAUUCAAUAUUCGAUACAUUGGAUCAUAUAUGAUCCUUUUAAAAAUAUUCCUCCAAGAAUAUCCAAAAACAUAUGAUUCUCUCAUAAUUUUAUUCCAACAUAUACUUAUAGGGAAAAUUCCAAUAGAAUCAGCAUACGUAGAAUUAGUAUUCGAUUAUCAUUACAAUCACUAUGCUUCCGAUAAAAAUGGAGAUUGUAAUGAUGAUAUAAAAGCAUUUGUUUCGUUCAUAGAAUCAGAAUAUGCAGAAAAUGACUAUAAACUUAAUCUAGCUUCUUACAGAUUCUAUCAAUAUUGCUGUUAUUAUGGUGCUGUUAAUUGUUUUAGGUUCUUAAGGACAAAACUCAAAUGUAAAAAUGAUCUUUCGGGAUUUCCGAGAGAAUGUCUUAAUUAUUCUUUUAUUGGAGGAAAUCCAGACAUCAUAAGUGAAUGCUUGAAAUGGUAUAAGCCAAAUAAUGUGUGCAUGAGUUAUGCAAUUGCUACGCAUAACAUAGAUUUUGUUACUUUCUUGAUGAAUGAAUACAACUUAAUAAUUGAAAUUGCAGAUUGUAUGAUUUAUAACAAUCUUCAAGCAUUUUUAGUUUAUUUAGACAAGCUUAAUGAUAUCAAUAAAUGCGUGGCUGAAUCGGUACACUUCAAUAUUAUGUCUCUUUGUGAAUUCUUUAUUUUGCAUGGGGCAGAUAUAAAUGGAAAAGGUGAAGAAGGAUCAAGUGCACUUAUUAUUGCUGCGAAAAAGAAUAAAUUAAAUUUUGUUAAUUUGCUUAUUUCCCAUGGCGCAGAUGUUAAUUUUAAAAAUGGUUAUGGAACUACUGCACUUCAUUAUGCAAUUCAAAAUAAUAAUAUAAAUAUGGUUGAAACACUUAUUUCUCAUGGGGCAGAUGUUAAUGCGAAAAAUUCUUAUGGACAGACUCCUUUUGAAUACUCAAAUGACGAAAUAAUUAUGAAUUUUCUUAAAUCACAUGGAGCCAAAUCGAAUCUUAAGAUUAAAUAA